GUUUAUUUGAGUCAUGUAAUUAUUCUUCGAUUUUACAAAAUAUUUCUUUGGUGCAAUUACAUUUUUUAUUUUUUCCGGAUAUGAAAUCGCAAAAUUGUGGAAGUGUCAUUGAACUAUAUAACUCCGUCGAGGAAUUUACUGUGCAAUUCUGCAAGAAACAACAUUACUUUAGUGAGAUCAAUUGAGCGUAGGUCGUGCCUGAUUAGCUUCUAGAGUUACAUCGUUGUUACCGAGUACGUGCAUAAUUGCUGGGUUCAUUCCAGUGUUCUCCAAGCAGAAGUACUCCUCGACAUCGUGGCUGUGCACAAUAAGUGGCGAGUGGCUCCAUUUUUUAUUUUUUAUUUUAAGACAAUACCAUUAUCGUCCCAAUAUUCUGUACACUUCGUGCGAAAUUUUUGAAGCAGUACAUGAACAAUAUAUCAUCCACGUAAAACUCUACUUGUAAUAAUACCUUAAUAUUUACGACUGAUUAAUGCUAAAAUAAUUUUCACAUCACCUGGAGAAUGUUCCCAUAUCGAAGAACCACUUCUAAGGGGACCAUUGAAUUCAGACCCAUUAAAAGUGAGGAUGUUGAACUUGCUAUUGCGAUUCAGCAACAAUCGAUGACUCAAGAAUGCAUAGCUAUAGGUGUUGGGAUGUUUGAAGAAUUUGGAGCACCGGAAGAGAUGAUUCCUCUCUUCAAAGAGGUCAUCAAAGACAGCUGCAGCAUUGUUGCAGUCCACUUGGAAAAGCAACAAGUUGUCGCUGUUGCAUUCAACAAGUUGCACGUUCCCUUAAACUCCGAAGAAGAGGAUCCCUUUUCUCUCUUUAUCCAGGAGAACAUUAAACACGCUUCUUGUCUGGGCCUCAUAAACUUCAUUAACAACAUCGAGUCGAAAGUGGAUCUUUUCGAAAAAUACGACGUCUCGGCCAUCUUAGAAAUAUUCUAUAUGGGAACAGAUUCCGAAUAUCGCGGUUGCGGAAUCGGGCAAGAACUCGUCGAGGCCACUAUAAAAUUCGUUAAAUGUUUAGCGGAGGGAAAAGUAACGAGAACUGAAAUUGGAGAAAACACAACGCUCGAAGAAGUCAAGCCGGAAGUGGUUUUCGGAGUUUUCGCUUCGAACUUCAGUCAGCGAAUCGCUGAAAAAUUCAACUUCACUUGGCUCGCGACUAUCAGCUACGACGAAUACCUCCACGAAGGGAAAAAACUAUCCGAAAGGAUAGGCAGCGAACAUAAAACAGCGCGAUUAGGCGCGAUUAAAGUGCAACAAUAGCGACAUUCAUUUUCGGGAAUUAGGAAAAAUUUUCAUCAAGAAAAUAUAUCGGUCGAAGCUAAUAAACGUUAAGCCUGAAAUUUGGAGCAACACUUUUCAAGAUCUUUUUAUACAAGUAUAUAUUAAUACAUAUACAAUUCGGUACAACGUUACGUUAUAAUAAUAAUAUAUAUAUGUAUAUCGCAUUGAGCACACGCAUAAGUCCAUAAAAUGGCGAAUGUAAUAUACGCUAGUCCGGCGCAACUAUAUUUUACACGACAGGCAAAUCAAUGACUAAUUCGAGAAAUACGUUAAAGACCAGUACCGUCAAUUGACAAUUGUUCCCAUAAUUAUGAAAGUGGUCUGUCAUAUAUUUUUUGUUUCGAAAUUACAUUGAAUUAAUUUCGUUUGAAAUAAUAUGGCGUGAAAUAACUGAUAAACUCAUUAUUUUUUUUUAAUUUUGACUUAGACCACUUUCAUAAUUAUGGGCACAAUUGACGUCUCGAGUUGUUAAUUGGCAAGUACGAAGCCGACGAGGUCGAAUUAGUCGGAGCCAUUUCUGCGUUUCGAUUUCGAGUUUGAACGUCACGACGCGUUCGCAAAAUUCGGGAGAAAGCACUGUUUAAUCGUAAAUACUGACACUGUGUUUGUAAAAGGGUGUCUAAUUGGAAACCUACUUUUGCGUCGCCAUCUUGGCGGGAAGACACACGGUACAGCUUGGUAAUUAAGACCUUUUCAGAUACUUCGCCUAACAAUAAACAUGAGGAUAAAAAAUUAACCAAUAAAUCGCCAAACAGACUGUUAAAUAAUUUCAUAUUUCAAACACUUUCGAAUACAAGCAAAGUGUAAAGUAAUAAGUACACGUAUACUGAAAGCGGGAAAAAAGUGUGCGCAAUUAUUUAAUAUCCUGCUUUUAUUAUGUGCAUCCUGGAUUUCCAGAUUUUUAACAGCCAAGACGCCAUGCUGAAUUUUCUGCAACGCGAUUUGUCAGUUUUUAUUGUUGUAAUUUCGGUUACUGUUACGCAAGGUAUUUGCGAAGGUCUUUAUACCGCUAAUUGCUUACGCCAUUACGUUGAUUUACCUCGAGUGAAAUGUGCCCAAUCGAUUCCGUGAACAGAAUUGUUUAUUUAUUUCUGACCGAAAUGGAUAGCACGUUUCGCUCGCAUUAAUCAUUUAUAUUAUGACAAUUGGCACGACAGGAGACUCGCAAAACUGUCUAUACACGCGUAUAUAUUUUUAUUUGACGUAACAAUCGCGAAGAAACACUUCAAAGACAAUGACUUAACGUUAGAACUUCUACGAAUGUCUGUACGAAUCGAACUUUGUAGAUUGAAAUAAUUUAAGCGCUGUAAACGCGUCUAAACAUUGCGAGGAGCUCCCGAAAGAUUUUGAUCAUACUUCGUCCUUACGAUGUGUAUCAAUGAAAAGAAAAAAAACAAAGAAAAGGAACAAUGCGACGUGCUUUUCGGUAGAAAUGCAUAGACUAGUUUUGACACUUUGCCAUUGUAUAACGACAGAUCGACUCGAUUAUGAGUCGACAUCGGAAGAUUUAGCUUGAAAACAUUCGAUCCCAAAAUAUCGAUUUCCCAUUAUCGCGCCUCGUUUGUUCGGCAUUGUUUAACAGAUCGAUUUUAAUAAUUCGAUCUAACACGGUAAUCGUCCUCGUCAAGUUCAUUGACAUCGGAUAAUACUGUACAAAGCAUUUAUAUCACGUCCUUUUAUAUUCCUGCAUCUAGUGAUAAAUAAAAAGAUCACUAUUUACGA